UUGUUUUCCCCUCUUCCCUCCGUGCCUUACCGGCAGUCGGGAACGUCUCCCUUCCCGCCAAAGAACCGGCGUUUGGAGAAAGAAAGCGUCCGGAGUCGGUGGAAGGGAGCGCUCCCCUUUUUCCUUUCUUGCUCCAAGCCGGUGCUGGGUUUUCGCAAAAACGCGGGUCGAGGAGGGUGGAAGCCGGCUAAGUUGGUGAAGCCGGAAUGGCUGGAGCAGAGAGAGGCGGAGGCGGCGUCGGAGUGCCUGAGAACCGGGAACAUCUCUUUAAGGUUUUAGUCAUCGGGGAGCUGGGUGUCGGCAAAACAAGUAUCAUCAAGCGCUACGUCCACCAGCUCUUCUCUCAGCACUACCGGGCUACCAUCGGGGUGGAUUUCGCUCUCAAAGUCCUCAACUGGGACACCAGGACUCUAGUUAGGUUGCAGCUCUGGGACAUCGCAGGUCAAGAACGCUUUGGAAAUAUGACCAGAGUAUACUAUAAAGAAGCUGUGGGAGCUUUUGUAGUCUUCGAUGUUACCAGAGGAUCAACAUUUGAGGCAGUUUCCAAGUGGAAACAUGACUUGGACAGUAAAGUAGUGCUCCCCAAUGGCAGCCCAAUCCCAACCAUCCUACUUGCCAAUAAAUGUGACCAGAAGAAAGACAGUAGCCAAAAUCCUUCUCCUUCUCAGAUGAAUCAGUUCUGCAAAGAGGGAGGUUUCGCUGGAUGGUUUGAAACUUCUGCUAAGGAUAACAUCAACAUUGAUGAAGCUGCUCGGUUCUUGGUGGAAAACAUCCUUGCCAACCUGAAAGCCUUCCCGAAUGAAGAUAAUGACGUUGAUAAAUUAAAACUGGGCCUGGAUCCCCUAAAAGCAGAAAGUAAAUCCCAGUGCUGCUAGACAUAUGUUCUUCCAUCAAUACAUCAUGAGAGCAGGAUAUUUGUCUUCCUCAUUUUGGAAAGCUGCUGUGGUGCUUAAUCACAACUAUAUUGUGGGGUAUUAAAUUCUUCACAUUCCAUGGUGUUUACAUUUUUUAAAAAUCAAAUAAGACUUAGUUACACAUAUGCUGUGUUCUUAUUGGUAAGCUAUUUAGUAUAGUCACAAGCUGGCAUCCCUCUAAAAAUAGGUAGGAUCUAGAUGAAAGACUUGGCUUCAAUUCCUGGUUAACAUGGUGUAAUUGCAGAACUAGAGUAGGAAAGACAGUUCAGUUGGAAUUACUCAUUUUAUUAAGGACUAUACAUUUUCUUAUUUUUUUAAUAUAGGUCAAAUUUCUUUACCUCCUGGCUCCAAUAUUGCUUGUCUUCUGUUUAACACUAGGACUCUGAAACAAAAAGACUUCCAAGCCAUAAAGUGCUUGGGAGCCAUAAAUAAUUCUGAGACAGGACUGAGCAGAGAUUCCUCAUUUAUAAUAUGCCUUAAAGUAUGUAAGAAUCUCAUGCUUGGAAUAUAAGGAUAGUUGGCUAGUGUGAAAGAACUGUUUGUGCAAUCUGUCAAAUAAAUGAGUAACAAUUCAUUUCUGACUGUUUGGAAAGAGGUAUUCUAAAAUUAUGUACAAGGAAAAUUUAAAAAUAAGUGAUCCCUUACUGUACAAGGACAGUUCUUUACAAAAAGAUUUCAUGAUGUCUGGGCUGAAAAUGAAAAAUGUUUAAGCUUUAUUUUUAUGAAACCAUUUGUUAAACAGAAAAUUAUCUUUUAAAUUAGAGAUGAUUUAACUUACAAAUAGUCUUUUUAAAAGCAGGCUUUUUUUGUAGAUGUAAUAUUUUGCCAAUUAACAAUUUAACACGGGGAAUUAAGAAUUGAUAAGGGGGCAUACUUUCAUGCACAAGAAUAAUUUGCAAAUGUACAAUACAAUUUACACUUGAGUCCUAAGAAAUGUUCAUUGUUAUUCGUGAUGAUGUCUGAAUGUUUGGAAAAAAGACUACAAAGAAUUACUUUCACCAAUUGCAUUUAGUAUUUAAAUCUGUGGGUUUUACUCUGUUUUCUGUAUAUUACACCGAUCAAAUGUAACCUGUUACCUGCUGCAAACUGUAAAGUACUUUGGACUACAGUAACACUCU